CAAGCUGUAACAUGCAAGUCUUGCGAUAAACUUUUUUACCAUCCAGGAUGUGUAAUUAAGCAUAAAAUAUAUAAUAGAAACCACGAAUUGGUGGCGUGUCGUGGACCAUUUGACAAAUUUAUUAUCGAUAGCGAUAAAGAAGCAGCUAUGACAUCGACAGGAAGAUCAACGGGGAGUACGGCAUCAAGCAGUGAAAACAGAGUAGCAGGCGCGAGUGGAUCUCUUUCUCUCUCUCUCUCUCUUUAAUAACAGCAAUAUUCAAAUAAAUUUAAUAUUGAAGAUUUAAAAAAGUAAUAAUAAUUAACUUACAGAGAUGCGUAAGUUAGUUAGAUAUUUAAAUAUAGAUAUUAUUUACACAUUAUAAAUCUCAAAAUUUUUUUUAAUAUUCUAUUGCGACGCUUUCUUAUAAUUAGUAGAAAUUAAUUUAAAAGGUAAUAUUUUUAAAACGAAUACAUCAGUUGAAGAAUUAUUAUAAAGCUUAUGUAUAUGUACAUUCUGUUAUCCUCAUUGAAUUUUGAUAUGUUAUUAAGUCUUCAACAAAAGAUAUGCUGAAAUUAAAAAAAUCUACCUUUAAAUAUUAUCUGAAUUUAAUCUCGAGCGACACAAGAAUUAUCAUUAUUAUCUAUUUCUAUCUUCAAAAUGCGCUUCAUUUUCUAAUCCAAAAGUAUCAGAUAAUACAGAAAGUAAUGUAACACAGAAGAGAUGAAAACUUUCGAAAUUUAGAACCUAGAAGUUUUUGAGAAUAGACCCGAUAUAAUUUGCAUUAAUACAUGAUGCAAGUACCUUUAUCUGAUAUCGAAUAUUAUUUGCUUAUGUCCUGUCGAUGUAAGCGAAAAUAAAGAUGGCAUCGAAUUAUCGGUGUAAGCGAGAACAUCUCGACGUAAAUGUACACACGCACAAAGCUGUACGCAUGUAUUUCCAUAUGCAUCAAGGCGGUUAAUAGAACGUGCCGCAUUACGAUCUCUUUGGCGAAUGUGCUGUCGUUAAAAUAACUUCGAUCAACGAUGAAGCAACACGCGACACGCAAUAGACCUUUCCUGGCAUUAUUGUAGUGAUUAUCCCCGAGCUCGAAAGCAACGAUUUAUUAUAAUUCCAAUUUUUCUCUUCACACAUCAUAUUCUAUUCACACAUAUGUCGUAGCUUUCAUUACUUUAUCCGCUGAAGGUGUCGAACAUUGCGACAUCAGACGCAACGAUAUAGAAUGCAGUUGCUUUUCUAAAUUUUAAUAGACUCGCGCUCUUUACGAAGAAUAACAAAAAGCACUAAUAUUACCGAGUGUAUGUGUGGCAAUCAAAGAAUUUUAUCGUACGACAGUGUACGAUCGAUUUUUCAUCCUUUCUUUUAUUUAAUUUUUGUCAUUAUCUUUAUCUUCUAUUCAUUGCAUUUUUUAUUUUGUUGUGCAUACACAGCUGAUCUAUAAUUUAUUAUAAUAACACGUAAUUGAUCGCACGUCAUCAAAUUUAUGGUGAAUAUAAUAAAUGUUCUUCAAAUUUAUGGUGAAUUUAAUAAAUGUUCUUAGAUUUUUAUGAAUAUUAAAAUUGAUCGAAUAAAACCCACGCGGAAAUCGAUGAUAAUUGUUGCUUAAUAUAAUUUCAUUAUAUCCCGUAGAUGAAUUGAACCAUCGCGAAUUGCCUUGACAUCAAUCACGCCAUAAGAAGUUUUCGAAUUACUUCAUCAUCUUCCCGAGUCUUUCGAGAAACUUUCAAAACUUUCGAUGUGUAAAGACGUUUGCUAAGCAAUCUUAUCCUUGAAUCAUGCGAGUGCGCGUACAAAAUCGAGAAAUGUUUCUAAGACGCUGCAUUGUAAUGCGUUUCCAAGAAAUUAUUUAUUGAAAAUCAAUACGUUUGCAAUGCAUCAUUGUGAUAAAAUUUUAUCAUCGAAUUAUUAUGUCAUGAACAAAAGAGCCGAUAGAAUAGAAUAGAACUAUGCUAAAUUGUUAUUAUCGUCAUUAUGAUCUUGAAAAGAGACGAAAAAGAUUAUGAAAAUAACUUAUUUUUUGCACUUGUAAACCUGUUUACGCUCAAGCACAAUUCAUGGUCAAGCGGUUAUUUAAUUGUAACCUGGAAUAGUCAACUUUAUAUGUAUAUGUGUACACUACACACAUACACACACAACACGCACGUUCAUAUAUAUAUAUUGAGGUAGCAAAAACACUUUCUUUGACGUCAUUUUGAUGUAAUUUGACGUCAAAAUGACAUCAAAAUGGUUACUUCCCUAUUUGGAAUAGGAUGAAUCGGUUUUUUGUAAUUAAUUGAUUUGUGCGAAAAAUAUUGAAAGAGAGAUUUUUAUUCUGAAGGAUGUAUGACUAUGAUAAUCUUAACUGUCUUAACUUAAGUUUCGCUUUCAUUAAUUCCCGACUUUUCACAAAAAGCGUACAAAAUGUUCUUCUCUAAUAAUAUCUGUAUAGACUUCUAUAUGCGUCGCCAUAUUGAUUGCCGAACACGCUAAAAUAUUUUAAAAAUAAUAUGUGUGUGUGUGUGUGUACUUGUAAAAAAAUUUUCGCUUUCUUGAUGAGAUUUUAAACAGGAAAUAUAUGAGAAAGUUUUGAUUUUCUUUGUCAAUUUUUAGGAAAUUUUGAUUCGGUAGAGAGAAGUAUUUGUUCCGGAUACAUAUUUACAUAAUUUUUUUUUCUUAUUUUGACGUCUAUAAUACGCACCUAAUGGUAAAGUUCUUAUCAAUAUUUUGCAUAACAAUUAUAAAAAAUCACGAAUCAUUAAGCUUUUGAAACCUUAAUGUGUUUUAUAAAAAAAAUCAAAAAUUGCCUUUUUUAAACUAUAAUACACAAUCUAUUGUGUACAAUUAAAAUUACCUUCUCUGUAAUAUCAGAUAAAAAAUGUUAUGUUCCUUAAGAGAUCUGACAAGAACUAAAAGAUUAAAGAAAUUUAGAAUAUAUUUAUAAAAAAUUUAAAGAACUUCAGAAUAUAUUUUGCAGAAUUUUAGAACCGUUUUAGAAACGGAAGAAAGGCUCAGAGACUCAUGGAAAUUGUAUUUGCAGCAAGAGCCAUUUAGAAUCCUAAGAGAACGAUACCCAGAACGGCUAAAGAAAUUGAUAGUGAUAGCCGGUGAUUCGACCGUGGAGGGACUCUUUCUAUCCGUCGCGGACAAGGAACGUCUCACCAGCCAAGUUUCCAUCGUCUUUCACAUGGCUGCUAAUGUGAAAUUCGACCUGUCGUUGAAAAAUGCAGUCAAGACCAACACUGUGGGCACUGUAAACAUCGUGGCGCUAGCAAAACAGAUGUCUCUACUCGAAUCGUUCAUACACAUUUCGACGUCUUUUUGUCAAUGUGGCGAGUCAGUAUUGGAAGAACAUGCUUAUCAAACUAACGUAUCAGCAGAAGUUGUUAUUCACAUGAUUAAUACGAUGACAGAUCAAGCACUAGAGGCAAUCAAAUCACAACUUUUGGAUGAACUCCAGAGCAUCGAUCGUAUGACCCCUUUACCCGCGCCUAUUAUUAAUCCGGUAGGACCGUUCAUAUUGUCCACCCAACCGGGCACCGGUUCCUUCCAAGAUGCCACCACUGAAAAACAGAUUCAUUUCAACAGCAUGGUGGCAUCUUGGAAGGAACCGGUGCCCGGUUGGGUGGACAAUAUGAACGGUCCUACCGGAUUAAUAAUAGGCGCGGGUAAAGGGGUCAUACGAUCGAUGCUCUGCAACGCGAAUUAUUUAACCGAUAUAAUACCUUGCGAUAUGGCCGUAAACGCAGUGAUCGCCGCGGCUUGGCAAGUCGGAACGAAAAAGUCUAUUAAGCCGAUAUUCUUAAAUGCCACAGCUAACCAGGAAAAUCCAAUUUCUUGGGGUGACGCUUUAGAAAUAGGAAAAGAGCACGUCCUCGCAAACCCGUUCUCGCGACCACUCUGGUAUCCUGGUGGGAGAUUAACUUCCUCGAAAAUUCUACACUGGUUUGCCGUCUUAUGGUUGCACACUAUACCCGCAUAUCUAUUAGAUAUCUUACUUAUUAUUACCGGGAACAAGCCUUUCAUGGUACGAAUACAAAGUAGAGUGAACAUUGGAUUAGAACUGCUUCAAUAUUACACCAUGAAACAAUGGAUUUUUCGAAACGACAAUUUGCGCGAUUUGCAUCAUCGAUUGUGUCCCUCGGACAGAGAAACAUUUUUCAUGGAUACGAAACUUAUCUCUUGGAAUGAAUAUUUGUUGGCAUAUAUAUUAGGCACGAGACAAUAUUAUUUAAAGGAUGAUCCUUCGACGCUACCGCGUGCGAGACGGAUCUUUAUGUAUCUAUAUUUUGCCGAUUGUUUGCUCAAAAUAGCGUUUGGAGUUCUCGUUUCUUGGAUAAUGUACACCUGGAUAAUUUCCGCUAAGCCUAUUAUAGCGACGCUAGUCGAGACGAAUGACUGAAUAUAUAAAGUAUUAAACUUACUUAAGUCGACUAACUGUAGUUGUUACAAUUGUACGCGUACUAUAUGAAAAUCAGAAUAAAAAAACGAUUGUAGUGAUUUCUAAAAUAAAGUAAAAAUUUUACUAUAUGCGAAAAAAAAUUUU